UGGACCUGUUGUGCGGCUGUCGGUGCGGAUCUUCCAGGUUUGAGUGUCUGCUGGACUGUCUGCGCGUUUCGGGAAGUUUCUCUGAGCGGGUCGAACUCCGGCGGAUCGCGGAGCAGCCUGCCGAGCUCAGGAAACGUCCUCCUGAUGAAGAAGGUUCCUCCUGUUUCCUCACAGACGCAGCAGGUUGCCUCCACAGGUAAAGAGGAGCUGCCAUGUUGGCCUCCUCCAUCCCCCCAUCAAUCCUCUUCCUCCUCCUCCUGCCCCCUCCCUCCUUCUCAGCUGAUGUCAUUGUGACCUCUGACCCCUCUGUGCGAUGGGUGGAGCUACAAGGCGGUCCCCUCUCACACCUGCUGCUGAACCCGGAGACAGGGCAUCUGUAUGUGGGCGGGGUCGACCACCUGUACCAGCUGACGUCUGAGCUGGAGUUGAUGUCACAUGUUACGACCGGCCCUCACUUGGACUCCCCGGACUGCCUCCCCCCGAUCAUCCCACAGGACUGCCCCUCGGCCACGCCCACUCACAACCACAACAAACUGCUGCUGAUGGAGGAAGGGCAGGGGGUGGAGCCAGGGAGCCUGAUCGUCUGUGGUUCACUGUACCAGGGCAUCUGCGAUAAAAGGAGUCUGUCCAACAUCUCUCAGCUCAUCUAUCGGACGUCGAACCCCGUUGACACUCAGUACGUCGCUGCCAACGACCCCCGGGUCUCCACCGUCGCUGUGGUAAUAACCAUAGAGAACAAACAGGAAGUGGGCGGUAUACUGCGUCUGAUGCUAGUUGGUCGAGGCUACACCAGCAAAGGCCCUGGUGACAUCCCACCAAUCACGACGCGGCGUCUGUACCCAGUUGUCCCACCUCGCCGGGCUUUCUCUCAGGAGGAGGAGCUGGGGAAACUCGUCGUAGGAAGUUAUUCCGAGUACAACAACCACUUUGUGAAGGCCGUCGCCCACGGCAAGCACGUCUACUUCCUGUUCUCACGGCGAGACAUGUGGCACAAGAAGGAGUACCGGACCUACGCCUCCCGGCUUUGCACCUUUGACCGCAGUUUCUACUCGUACGUGGAGGUGCCGCUGCUGUGCCAGGGGGGGUACAACCUGGCACAGGGAGCGUGGUUAGGAAACCACUCAGGGGAGCCCGCCCUGUUUGUCGUCAUGGCAGCAGGGCAGGCGUCCACACCUGUAGCAACAGGGCGAUCAGCACUGUGUGUUUACGGGAUGUCGGAGCUAGAUGCCAUGCUGCGACGAGCACAGGAAGCGUGUUACACAGAGGGAGGACGAGGCAGCGGUGGACAGGAAGAAGCCUACAUCGAAUACGCUGUGUCGUCAAAAUGUCUCCGACUACCAAAGGCGUCUCUCUCAGAGUACCCCUGUGGGGGGGAACACACCCCGAACCCCAUCGCCAGCGCUUUGCCACUCUCAGCCACGCCCACCUUCACCUCCACCACCCAGCUGACUGCCGUCACCACAGCGACAGAGGCGGGACACACCGUCGCCUUCCUGGGAGACAGAGAGGGACGACUGCAUAAGGUGUUGGUGCACACGGAUUGGUCAGGUGACCUGUACGGCAGCGUGUUGGUGGACCGGGGCGGGGCUGUCAGCGCUGACCUCUUAUUGGACGACAGCCAGCAGCACGUUUACGUUUUAACCAACAACAGACUGUCCAAGGUUCCUGUGUCAUCAUGUGAGAGACAGACAGACUGUCAGUCCUGUCUCUCUGUCAGAGAUCCAUACUGUGGCUGGUGUGUCCUGGAGGGAAGAUGUUCCCGUAAACAUCAGUGUCAGCGCCACCUGCAGUCCAAUCAUUGGCUCUGGAGCUUCGAACCGACCAAUCAGUGUGUGACAGUACAGAGCCUUCAGCCGGCCAAUCAGAGUACAGACGAGCAGGCGCAGGUGACGCUGUCAGUCAUGCAGUUUCCCGCUCUCACCGAGGCCGAGCCUCUGUCCUGUGUCUUCGGGCUCCUCCCACCUCAGCCUGCCAUCGUCAUGGGAACCAGCAUUGCCUGUCAGUCACCUGCACCGGAGCUCCUUCCACCCAUGCCCUUGGGAAGAGAUCACAUGAUCCUGCCUGUGUCACUGAGGUUUGGUCACGUGUCCAUCACCACAGGCAACAUGACCUUCUACGACUGUGGAGCGGUGAGCCGACUGAACGAGAGCGCCCAGUGUCUGGCGUGUGUCAGCAGUGUGUGGAGAUGUAACUGGUGUCCUCUGGAUCAGCUCUGCACCCACAACCACAGCUGCCCCAACCAGCACAUCAUCCUCAACCAGAGAGACUCUCCUGGUCCCACGUCCUGUCCUCUGGUCUUCUCUCUGCAAAGUUCUGCCUUAGUGCCAGUGGGCCUGAGCAACACUGUGGUGUUACGGGGACGAAACCUGGACGUGUACACGGAUGAAGCUCAGUAUGUGUGUGUGGUAGAAAUCCAGGGAGUCCAGGUCAGUCUGACAGCUGCUGUGGAGAGGACACACGACAACACACACACCUUCACCUGCAGCCCACACCAGUUCCAGUGUGCAGUCAGUCAGCUUCAGUAUUCUGCUCCUGUCUAUCUGCGAAGAGGAGAGAGACGAGUCGAUGCCUCACCUGGUCUCCGACUCCAGUUGUACGACUGCUCAGCCGGCCAAUCAGAUUGCUCGCAGUGCAGGGCAGUACCUGAGGAGUAUGGCUGUGUGUGGUGUCCAAGAAACCCCUCCCCCAGCUGCGUUUACAACCAAUCAUGUACUAGCAUACCUGCAGACACCUGCCCGCCUCCUCAGAUCACACAGGUGUUACCUGUAUCCGGUCCUCUGGAGGGCGGAGUCUUGGUGACAAUUACAGGGUCAAAUCUCGGGAUGAAAUACCAGGAUGUGGUGGGCGGAGUCACAGUGGCAGGUGUUCAGUGUCUGCCCCAAAGUGAGGGAUACCAGAUCUCCACCAGGGUUGUGUGUGAGCUGCAGCCCAGUGGGAAGCAGAGGAAGGGGCCAGUCCUGGUUACCGUGGGAACAACUGCACCUGGGAGGUCCACGCAGAUCUUCACCUAUCAGGACCCUCAACUCCUGGAUCUGGUUCCUGAUAAAGGUCCAGUUUCUGGAGGAACCAGACUUACCAUCAGAGGACGGCAGCUGCUGACCGGACAGACGUCCGACCUGAGUGCCUUCCUGGGUCCACAGCCCUGCUACAUUGUGGAGGAGGUGAAUGACACCCAGCUGGUGUGUCAGACUGGUUCCAGUUCUCAGACUGGUGGAGUCACAGUUCGGGUUUUGUUCGGCAAAGCAGAGCGGACCAUUCCCGACGUUACCUUCCGUUAUCUUGACGACCCCGUCAUCACCGAAGCCAAACCUGCUGAGAGCUUCUAUGCAGGGGGACGUGUCAUCACAGUAACAGGUAAGAACCUGGAUGUGGUGCAGCAACCAAUCAUAUCGGUGUGGGUGCAGCCUCUGGAGGUCCAGAGGGUGAAACGGAGAAGACGAUUGGCUCUCCUCACUGCCAAGCAACAGGUGGUCUUCAACAGCACCAUGACAACGGUGUCUGAGUUUUGUUCAGUCCUGUCCUCCUCUCAGAUGACCUGUCCAACUCCCUCAGUGACCACAGAGGUCAAAGUAAAAGGUGUCUGGUUUCAGCUGGACAACGUCAGAGUUCACUAUGAGAGCAUCAAGGGUAAAAGUUUCACUUACUAUCCAGACCCAGAGAUUUUUCCUCUGAAUCGAGAAGAUCCAGAAGCUCCGUAUCACUUCAAAGCCGGCGGGGUGAUUGCCGUGGAGGGUCAUGACCUGACCAGAGCGAUGUCCAGACAAGAAGUGACGGCUCGGCUCGGAGAUCAGGAGUGUGAGGUGAAAACUCUGGACAACACUCACCUGUACUGCGAACCUCCAGAGGUCCAACCCAAGAGUGUGGACGACAGCAGCGAUCUGCCCAGGCUCAAGGUGUUUAUGGGAAACCUGCAGGUGGACCUGGGAUUGGUUCAGUAUGACAGUGACACUCUGAUGUCCCCCGUCCCACUGGCUGCUCAGAUCAGUUUGGGGGCGGGAGCAGCUGUAAUCAUCCUGUCAGUGCUAGUCGUCAUCCUGAUGUACAGGAGGAAGAGUAAACAGGCCCUCAGAGAUUAUAAGAAGGUUUUGCUGCAGCUGGAAACUCUGGAGAUCAACGUGGGAGAUCAGUGUCGCAAAGAGUUCACUGACCUGAUGACAGAGAUGAUGGACUUGAGCAGUGAUGUCGGAGGACCAGGACUCCCCCUGCUGGACUACAGGACGUAUGCGGAGAGAGUCUUCUUCCCUGGCCAGCAGACGGCGCCACUGAGCCGCCAGCUGGACCUGCCAGAGUCCAGGAGGCAGACUGUGGAGCAGGGUCUCCAGCAGCUCAACAACCUGCUCAACAACAGACUCUUCCUCACCAGGUUCAUCCACACCCUGGAGGCCCAGCAGGGUUUCUCUCAGAGAGACCGGGGUUACGUCGCCAGUCUCCUCACCAUGGCCCUUCAUGAUAAACUGGAGUACUUCACAGAGGUCAUGAAGAGUCUGCUGCAGGACCUGGUGCAGCAGUAUGUCGCCAAGAACCCUAAACUCAUGCUACGCCGGACAGAGACAGUUGUAGAGAAGAUGUUGACCAACUGGAUGUCGAUCUGCCUCUACUCCUUCCUCAAGGAGGUGGCGGGGGAGCCUCUCUACAUGCUCUACAGAGCCAUAAAGUAUCAGGUGGAUAAAGGGCCGGUUGACGCCGUGACAGGGAAAGCAAAACGAACGCUCAACGACAGCCACCUGCUGCGAGAGGACAUCGAUUACUGCGCUAUGACUCUGACGGUCUUGGUGAAGAAUGGCGUUGAGGUUCAGCCGUGUCCUGUUAAAGUGCUUGACACCGACACUAUCACUCAGGUGAAGGAUAAGAUCCUGGAUCAGGUCUACAGGGGAGCUCCGUUCUCUCAGAGACCAGAGGCUGACAGUCUGGACCUGGAGUGGCGUUCCGGUCAGGCAGGUCACCUGACCCUGUCAGAUGAUGAUGUCACGGCGGUGGUUCAGGGUCGCUGGAAACGAAUCAACACGCUGCAGCAUUACAAGGUUCCAGACGGAGCAACAGUUGCUCUGAUUCCUCGUUCUCAGAGUUCUGGUGGAGUUGGAGUCAACCAGGUCUUCCAGACUGGAGAGAAAACACCGAUGCUGGAGGGCGAGGAGGAGGAGGGUCUGCGUCUGUGGCACCUGGUGAAGAGCAGCGAAGAUCCUGAAAUUCCAAAACACAGGAAGAGCAGCAUGAGGGAGAGAGAGCGAGCCAAGGCCAUACCUGAGAUUUACCUGACCAGACUGCUGUCCAUGAAGGGGACGUUGCAGAAGUUUGUGGAUGACGUCUUUGUGGCGAUCCUCAGUACAAAGCGUCCUCCUCCUAUUGCUGUCAGAUUCUUUUUUGACUUCCUGGACGACAUGGCCGAGAAACACGGCAUUGACGACCCUGAGACGGUCCACAUCUGGAAGACAAACAGUCUCCCUCUCAGAUUCUGGGUGAACAUUCUGAAGAAUCCUCAGUUUGUGUUGGACGUUCAGGUGACAGACAGCAUCGACGCCGUCCUGUCUGUCAUCGCUCAGACCUUCAUCGACUCCUGCACCACCUCGGAGCACAAAGUGGGACGGGACUCUCCUGUCAACAAGCUGCUGUACGCCAGAGAGAUCCCCCGCUACAAACAGCUGGUAGAAAGGUAUUACAGUGACAUCCACAGUGCUGCGUCAGGCUGUUAUCAGGAGAUGAACUCUGCUCUGACUGAACUGUCCGGGAGCUUCGCGCCAGAGAUGAACAGCCUCGUCGCUCUUCAUGAACUCUACAAGUACAUCAACAAAUAUUAUGACCAGAUCAUCAUGUCCCUGGAGGAGGACAGUUCAGGUCAGAAGAUGCAGUUGGCUUAUCGUCUGCAGCAGGUCGCUGCCCUGGUGGAGAACAAGGUCACCGACCUCUGAUGACCUCUGUCCCCAUCAACCUACCCAUGGGAAGUGGUGACCUCUGACCCCUUGAGACAGCUGGAGCCUCAAAGAGGGAGAGGAUGAAAACGAAGCUUCUUCUGCAGUUCAGAGAGACUGAAACUCUGGAAAUCAUUGGACUCCUGUCAGCAUUGUGUCUUCCUGCUGUGUAUCAGUGUGUGUGUGUGUGUGUGUGUGUGUGUGUGUGUGUGUGUGUGUGUGUGUGUGUGUGUUGUAUAGUCAGACUCAGGAGAACCCGGUUCUUUAGAUCCCUUCGCUCUGCAGCAGCAGCCAAACAGUCAAACCGUUAGUUUACAGUUUAAAACCUGAAUCAAACCUGGAUCUAACUGAAACCCGACUCCUCUGUGAUGGAAUGACAAUCUGACCAAUCAGAUCAGGGAACAUAAUCUCCUGCUGCCUUGCACUACAUUUCCCAGAGUUCCCUGCUGUGCUGCUCUGCUGUCUGAGAAAGAGUCAAAAAGCACAAUUUGAAUAGUUUGUACUGAUGAUGUAUUGAUUAUUGAUCUGCUGAACACAUGCUGGAUGUUUUUUAUCGACCUUAUAGCUGAAAACAUUUUUUGCCUUUACUGCUGAGUCGUCGCUGCACCGACGGUAAAGAUCAGGGUUGCCAGGUCUGCGUGACAAAACCAGCACAAUGGCCAGUCAGAAGCAAGCCAGUAACAGAAGUCAGAAUCUGUCCAGCAGCUUUGCUGUCACAUGUUCUGUCACAUGUGCUGUAACAUGUACAGAAUCAGAGCGUAAACGUUCAGAGCGCCAGCAUCGACACGUCGGAGUACGUGUGGCGUGGUCUCAGGAGCGUCACACUACAGUGUGUGUGUGUGUGUGGCCCCUCGGCAGCACUCAGCAGCCCAGCUCAGACCUGGCAGCCCUGUUAAACUUCCCAGCAUGCAGCCAUGUGGGAGUUUUACUGAACGCAAUAACAGAAUCAGGGAGAGAUUUUAAAUCAGUUUCAGUCUGAUUCCAGUUUCUGAUCAUUUCCUAACAAAAGCAGCUAAACCUAAAGUUUCUCGCACUCGUACUAAUUUACCUGGAGCUCUCCAGGAAAACCUGACCACUGACAACCUCAGGACCCAACUCUCACUGGUUCCCAGUCUCUCCAGUCUUCCGCAGUUCCGGGUCGAGUCCAGAUUGACUCACCAGGCUUCUCAGGUUUGUAUAAUGCCAGCCAGGAGUGAUGAUUUUUAUUUAUUGGCCAAUCAGCAUGCAGCAGAUGAGUGGAAGAAGAAUGACGACAGGGCGUAGCUCAGUGACGGUGAUGAAGGUGAAGGUGGCGAAUUCAGUUGUUCAGUGUUUUGACUUGUCCCAUCUACAGCGAUGGUCUUCGCCAGUCUAUUCAGUUUCUAGUAACCAAGACCAAACCAGGGAAUCCCCUCCUUGGUGCAGUCCCUUCCUGGUGUCCCUCGUGGACUGAGUCUGACUACUUUUCAUUUGAUGGUGCUUCCUUGGUUCCCUUUUGGAUUGAGUCUAUUUGUCAUUGGACCCUGUUCAGUUUCUUUAGGCCCUGUUUGGAUUGGGUUUGGUGGACUUUCUUAGAUUGUUAGAUCAGGUCUGAGUGUCCUUCUCCAUCUGACACUCAUUCUGUCCUUGGGUUCUUUGAGUGAUGUGUCCCUUUGUGGAUCAGGUUUGAGCAUCCUUGGCUUUUGUCUGGAUCAGAUCAAACUGGAUGAAAACCAGUCUCAUCAGCUAUGAGUAGGUUUUCCAUUGGUCAGUUUAGGAUCAGGACCCAAACUCUGGACCUUGAAGGCUUCUUGUCUGCACAACUUUCACGAAUGCCCAGGAUUAGGUGCUCUCUUUCUUUAGGACUGUUCAGGUUUGGAGUCAGUUGCUUGUCGGUCCAGUCAGGUCUGCGUCCUGUUCUUGGGUCAGAUCUUUAUUUUUGUUGUUACUUUUUUAUUUAGGAAAACAUCAGUCACAAAGAGCUUCUCGAGAAUAUUUUACGUAUUUAUUUUAGUCGUGUGAUUAACUAAACAGUGUUAUCUUGUUUGAUAAAACAAGACAUAAUUCACUUUAAAGCAUAAUGAGUCACUAUUUUCUGACAUGAAAAAUCAAUCGAUUAAUAAAGAAAAUAAGUGUCAGGUUUACUGAAAAGGAAUGAAUGAAAAUUCAUUAUUGAUUCAUUGAAGAUGGAAGCUGGAGGCUGUUGUAGGUGAUACUGUUCUUCAGUGCUGCAAAUUUCAGGUUUAAUCAAAUGAUGUGAGCAGGAAUCGAGUGAAAUAAACAUGGAGCUGCUGGGUUCCCCCGAGCGUCUGGGGCUGGAAAUCCAGCUCGGACUCAAAGCUCAGCUGGGUCAGGAUGGUUUCUGUUGGUGAACUCAAAGGAAAAUAUCCACAUCAAUUAAGUGUGAAUGAAUCCAGCAUCUUUGCAACUCAGUUGAAAUGAACUGAUUUGCAGCCUUUGUACUGUUUAUACUGCUGAAAUAAAAGCUGGACUCACCAGAUACAGGUAGAUAAAGGUGGUUUAGCUGUAGAUUUACCUGACUCUGAAUCAAUGGACUGUAGUUUUGUACGUAAAGCAGAAGAGAAGGACAAACAGGAACUAGAAUCGGACUGAAAGUUUUACUGGAACACUGAAGUCGAAACUGUUAAAUGAACAAAGAGCUGAUUGAUAAAAAAAAACAAUCAAAACAGUCUGAAAUCUGGGGGUUUAAACUCUGUGUGUGUGUGUGUGUGUGUGUUAGCUAAUCACUAACUUAUUGUGUGUACAUACUUGUAAGUCCUAUUUAUACUUAUUUAUCCCAGCUGUGCCUUCACUCUCGCAGCUUGGUGGCGCUGUUCGUCUGUGACAGCAGCCUUAUUGAUCCUGUGUCUCAGUGCAUCAUGGGAAGAUAAAUUCAUUUUAAUGUCUAACUGUUAUUGAACCAGGGAGGGAAAACAACAAACCCCGAAUGAUCGAGCAUCAGUGCCCCUCAUCAAAUCCACACAGUCCAACACUGAAUGAAUGCUACAGAGCAGUUAGCAUAACGCUACGCCAGGCUGAGAAAAACUCAAACCAACUUGCUCUGAGCUGAGAUUGUUGUGUCAGCUGCUGUUUCUGACCUGUCACAUGCAGAUAACAUGUUAGGAGUAUGGCACUUACUGGUUGUAUCAUCUGUCUGUAGGUCUGUAGGGAGAAUGUUAUGCUAACAGCUACAGUUGCACUGACAGGAGGUUACGAUCUUUGAACAAAGAUGGUGACAAACAGCCUGCAUCAUAUCAGAUAUGCUAGCUGUUUGAAACUAGAUGCACAGCUCUUUGUUUGACGUGGGAUAAAACCUGAUGAUUGUUGUCAGGAGGAUAAAACUGUUAUAUCACCGAACAGCACAGCUAACAGCCGCCCACAGCACGUAUCUGCAGCUUUAUGGUGAUACUGCUGUUAGCUAGCUGAUGCUACAGUAGUUGCAAACUUUUGGCAGCUUCUCCGUUGUUAUCUGAGUUAGUUUAACACCUGUACAGGUACAACCGUCUCACAGGCUGCAUCCAAAUAUCACUAACAGCAACAAUAAUUCUUUGACAGAGAAGAAAAGGAUCAGCUGAGGCUUUGGUGCGAUACGUUUUUUUAAAUAAACUCACUCUAAAACUUUGAGUUUACAGAGGUCAGGUCAGGUCUGGUCUGGUCUCACAGCUCAGUUCAAGCCUGUGAGUCAAGAGGUUCAAAGUUUGGAUUCGUCCUGGAGAUUGUCAGCUGUGUCUCCAUGGCAACAGUGAGCUGUUUAACCUGUUGGUGUGUUUUCUCUGUGCUGAUUCAGUCGCCGUGGACAACAGAGGCUGUUUUAUUUUGUCUCCAUCUGCCAACCUGUACCUGUACAGUGUGACAGAAUACUUCGUGGACUCUCCUGGACUCUCACCGUAUGUUUUUCUGUGUAAAUGGACGAACUGAGACUGAACCCACAAGGCAAUAAGUAAAUAAUCAGACUCUGACAACCAGCGGUCGUCUCUGCCGCUGGCCUGAAUCAGGAACCUGAAACAGGUCUGGUCUUAAAGGAGACAUUAUUUGAACGAUGAUCUUCCUCCUGAUUGAUCGCAGCUUCUCUGUGUUUCUUUUUCUGCUCUUUCUAAUUAUGGCUCUCUCCUCUGUGUUUAUGCCUUGCGUGUUUUUUGAGCCUAUGUUUGACCUGUAGUUGUAGUUCUCUGAACAGAUUAGACUUCUGCAUGCGUGUGAUGAUGAUGAUGAUGAAGAUUUACGGUGCUUCUCAAGCUAAUAUUUUGUUUUGUUUUUCAAAUAAAGACAAGAGGCAGGGCUCACACUCUGCCGUCUCACUGAUGAUGUAUAUCAACGGAGGUCAAAGGUCACAGUUUGACCUCUGACCUCCUGAUCUCUGUACAGUUUUCUAACCUUCUGGACGUGAUGAAACAGAUCCUCAGCUCUGAUUGGUCGAGCUCUGUUUGUUACUGCAAUGUUUUUUCUACAAGGGAAUAAAAACUUUAAAGUGUUUGUACAAAAUAAAUCCAAGAUCAGUUGUAAUGAAGCACAGACUGAUUUUCUAUUAACUGUGUACAGUUUGCUAACAGUGUAUAAAUGUGCCUGUAAAUACCUGUCUGAGGAUGAUGAUGAUGAUGGGGAUGAUGAAGAUGAGCCCAUUUGCAAUGGAAAUGUGUUUUUAUUGUGAAGAGGCAGGAGGCCACAAUUUGUAU